CCAGAAUAGUGCGUCCUACCUGUACACAGGCUACAGAUCUAAAAACAACAGCCCGACUGAUUGGAUCAUUGAUUGGCUCUCUCAUUGGCUGCCUCGGCUGUCACUCAGGGGCUGCACUUGCUGGUUCGUUUAAACCCAUGACUUAACGCAGGGCGACUAAUCUCCGUCUCUGCUCCAGCUAUAGGAUUGUGUCGCAGCGUGUUCCUGCUGAGGCGCCGACACACACACACACACAGCAUCUGUUGGAAUACAAGUGGACCCUGAGAAGCAUCGUUGUCCCUAUAGCUGCCACCCAGGAGCCACUAAACGUGUAAAUGGAGUUUCAAUCGCAGUCGUGACUGUUGAUCACCGCCUCUCACCCUGCAGAAGACUGCGUUAAAGUUGCACCAGCAUCCAUACACCACCGCGGCUCUUUCCCUUCGCAGACAUGGGUACCGUGCUCUCUAUAUCCCCGGCCACCAAGAAGGCGUCUAUUAUGGACUCGGAGCUCGCGGGAGAGGGUGUGAAAAACGACAAGAGCCUCAAGAGGCACUCGAUGUUCGUCUCUCUCUCCUGGAAGAAGCUGGUGGCCAAUUCGGCCAAGAAGAGUGCCAAGAAAGUGACCCCGAACCCGCUGCCAGCCCGGGAGCUCCCGUCCAGCCAGGUGGCUCAGCUCAACAACGAAAACACCAGGAAAACCGAGGAGAAGAAACCUAAAGCGCCCAUCCCGGUCCCGGUGCCCACGGUGCCCACGCAGAAAAGCAACAACGACGCUCUCGCCCUAAACGGGAGGCUCGGUACCGUCCAGAAGCAACCCAGCAGCCUGUCUCUGGUGUCCCCGAGGCGGAUAGUGAUCCAGGCUUCCACCGGGGAGCUGCUGCGCUGUUUGGGGGACUUCAUGUGCCGCAGGUGUUUUAAACUCAAAGAGCUGAACAGCGGAGAGGUGAUCCUCUGGUUCCGCAACAUCGAUCGGACUCUUUUGCUCCAGGGCUGGCAGGAUCAAGGCUUCAUCACGCCGGCUAACGUGGUGUUCGUGUACCUGCUCUGCGAGGACACGAUAACGGACAGCACCGACAGCUGCGCCGAUCUGCAGGGCACCUUUCAGACUUGCCUCUACCUCGCUUACUCAUACAUGGGCAACGAGAUCUCAUACCCGCUCAAGCCGUUCAUGAUCGACUCGAACAAGGACGUGUUCUGGGAGACGUCGCUCCGGAUCAUCAACAGGCUGAGUGACAAAAUGCUGCAGCUCAAUGCGGACCCGCACUUUUUCACCGAGGUCUUCCAGGACCUCAAAAACCAACGAGACACGAGCGAAGCGAACCUGGACCGCUGACAUGGGAACAAACAUUGCGUUUUAAAAAAAAAAAAAAAUCACACUACGGUGGUUUUUGAAUGUAAAAGGCCAGCGUUGAAGGCUUCACACGUCUGGGCUGAAUAUGAUGUUACACAACUUCAGUGUGCUGUUUAGGAUACAGUGUAGGAGAUAAAUCAUAAAUGCAUGCCAAUAUUGUCCCUCUUUUGUCUUGUCCCCUUGAAUGACAAGGAUUGAAUCACAUCCUAAGGGACACUCAAAUCCCUGUUUCAUUCAUGCUUAGCCUACUUUCUGGGUAAGUAAGCGAGUGGAUGUCGCAGUGAGGUGAGGUUCCAGGCUGGACCAGAAUAGAUGUGUUUGUGAGAAGUCGAGAGGCGGAGCUGUCCGAGGUGCUGACCUGUGCAGCCAUUUCUCCUCCCUCGCUCCUUGCUAUUUGAGUCACCUCGUCACAACAGAGCCCAGCGUGGCUUAAGAGGACCAGUCCAGAGUCAAUACACUCUCAGCACAUAAGCCUAAGCCUUGUAAGUAGAGGUACCCAGAAUAAUGUGCUUUUUUUUAGAUUCCCUACCAGUUCAUAAGUAAGCUGUCAGACAUGCAACAGAUAUCAGAAGCAUGCAUUAUUUAUGUAGAUAUUCCUCCAGCAGAGGUGAAAAGCUCCAUCUACUGCAGAAAAGCAUCAUGCUGCCUAUCUUCAUCCCUGGUUGGAAUGUAGACCACCAAUCUCUUCAUAUAAACCACCUCACUUGGCAUGAAAAUAACUUGUUUUUGUACCAACUAAGGCUGCAGCGAACGAUUAUUUUCAUUGUUGGUUAAUCUGCCGAUUAUUUUCCUCAUGAAUCGUCUGAAAAAUGUCAAAAAUGUCUAAGAAAUGUCCAACCCAGUUUCUCAGUCGAAAGUGAUGUCUUUAAUAUCCAUGUUUUGUCUUUCCAAAACCCAAAUCUAUUAUUUAUCAACCAAAGAGAAGCAGAAGAUGUCCAUAUCCGAGAAGCUGAAAAUGAUAUUUUCGCCAUUUGUGCAUGACAAAUUAUGAUUAAUUAUCAAAAUAGUUGGCAAUUAAUUUUCCUUCAAUGAAUUUAUAGAUUAUUCCAGUGGUUCUUAAUCUAUUUUGUUUCAAGGACCCCAUAUGAAAAUUAAUUCACAGACCCCCAUUUGGUUAGAUUUUGUUUCUUAGUUGAGGAGAUAACAGGAGGAAGUGAAACCUUUGAUGAGAAUAGUCACUCUUAUGACUCUUCCAGGGCUCACAAUAAAGAAUAAAAUAGGGGAAAUUAACUAUGUCCCAGUUUUCUGGGGAUACACCAGAACACCUUCAAGAACAUGUGGUUGAGAACCGCUGGAUUAAUCGACCAAUCGUUGCAGCCCUACUACCAAUGUGAUUGGGUGGUGAUGCACCAGUACUGUUGGUUUCAUGCCGUUGAAUAUGAAGGAAUGGGCAGAAAUAUACUAUUAGUAAAGGGAAUGUGAUAAACAGCACUAAAUGGGCCCAUAGGUGGCCAUACAGCAGGAUUAUCAACCUGAGGCCCCUGUUGUGCUUUGAGGCCAGGGUAACUAGAGACUGAAUGGAAUGUACAGUUUUUCAAGAGAUUUUUUUUUAAAUCUCAUAUGUGCCAACUAUUAAAUAUUAUUGGCCUGAAACAAUGUGGUUUACAUGUACAUAUCCCACAUUAAAGAUUUGCUCUUUAUUAUAUUUUUAUCUGCCUGUUUUGAAGGUGGUGAUGUAGUUCAAGCAUAAAACAAAAAAACAAAUAAUGUUCAACUGGUAUUUUGUGCUGUGGGACUCAGUUUGCUGGGUUCAACUCCACUGCAGUCAAUUCAGGAAUUAUGUUUCCUCAUAAUGUAAAUAUUGAAUGUGAAGAUCUCAUUAUUAAUCAUUUGCACACAUCAUUGCAGUUCCUAUAAGUUAAAAAGUGAUUUGACUCCAAGCUUAAAAGGACAACCUUGACAGUUGUUAUUCCAUAUUAUGCUUCUAAGUAAUCAUUGUGAUCUUGUGUUGUGAACUCAUUGCUUGGAAAGUGGAAUGUAUUGCUGCUAUUUUGCACAGCUGUGAACAAACCUUUAAUGUUUUGCACAGUGGUAUAACGUAAUGGUCAUGUACCAGUGUAUCCUGUCACGCACUGGAGUGUUUUUGCCAUCAAGUUUGUAGUUAAUGUCACCAAGACCAUCUGUGAAAAAGAUAUUUUGUACAGUUCUUUUUUUUCUAUAUGUCAGCUAUGGAAAAUGAUAUUUAGAUGUGUGUGUUGUCUGUGGUUGCACCACAGUUGCAUUCACUCUCUCUACAUGUUUAAAAGGUCAAUACAGUAAUUGUUUAUGGUGACCAUGAUGAAAUAAAUCCAAACUUCUGUAGGA